CUCAUGGAAAAAACUGACAGGGAAUACUACACACUGGAUGACAUGUUUGUUUCCAAAGCAGCCAAAAGAGUGCGCAGUGGGGAAGAGGAAGAAAUACAAAGAAGAAAAGCAAUACAUGAGCACCAGCAGCUUGCUGCACGCAUGGAAAAGUGCCCAUACUGCUAUGAUAGCAGUGAACUUUCUAAACAUCUUAUUAUUGCAAUUGGCACAAAGGUAUACUUGUCUCUACCAAGCAACCAGUCCCUUACUGAAGGUCACUGCCUGAUAGCCCCUCUACAGCACCAUACUGCAGCCACUCUUUUGGAUGAAGACAUCUGGGAAGAAAUCCAGAUGUUCCGAAAUGCAUUGGUGAAGAUGUUUGAAGCUAAAGACUUGGACUGUGUAUUCCUAGAAACAAACCUGAGCCUGAAGAAACGGUAUCAUAUGGUGUAUGAAUGCAUUCCUCUUCCAAAAGAAGUAGGAGAUAUGGCUCCAAUCUACUUCAAGAAAGCUAUAAUGGAAUCUGAUGAAGAGUGGUCCAUGAACAAGAAGUUAAUUGAUCUUUCUUCAAAAGACAUUCGGAAAUCUGUUCCUAAAGGUUUACCAUACUUCUCUGUGGACUUUGGUCUUCAAGGAGGAUUUGCCCAUGUCAUUGAAGAUCAACACAGUUUCCCUCAUUACUUUGGAAAGGAAAUUAUUGGUGGCAUGCUGGACUUGGAACCACGGCUCUGGAGGAAAGGAGUCAGACAGAAGUUUGAGGAUCAGAGCAAGAAGGUGUUGCAGUUUGCACAGUGGUGGAAACCAUAUGACUUUACCAAAAAGAAGGAAUGA